AUGUCUCAUAGCGGUGCUGCAGUGUAUAAGAAAGUCAGUGGGAUGCUUUCAAUUGACGAGGAAACAAAUCCUGCUGUCCUGAAGUGGAGGUCUACUGAUGGGAGUAAAUCAUACUCUAUUGAAUUGAAUACAGUAAAUAAGCUACAGGUCACCCCUGCAAAUAAUGAUAAGAUGAUGUUACGGUUAGUCGGGAAAGUUGAUGAGGCAAAGAAGGUGAAGGAUAAUGAGGGCAAUGAGGUGCCUCCUAAACCAGUUGUACAUAGGUUUUCUUUCAACAAUCGUAUUGUUAUGGAGAAUAUUAAGGAGACCUUGCAGCAUAUCAUCUCUAGAUACAAGGAUGAAGAAAUAUAUGAGGAGAAGAAGCGUAAAGAGGCUUCUAGUACCCCUGCUCAGACCCAGCAGGCUCCUCUUAUCAAUACUACUACAUUAGAUGAUUCUCUUUCGAAGGAGAAAUUACUGGUUAAUUUAAAGCUACAGCAAUCACUUUUGAAGGAGAAUCGAGAAUUGAUGAAGACAUUUCAGGAGGCCGUAAUCAAGUCUGGUUUAUCACCCCAUGAAUUCUGGUCUACUCGAUUGCCAUUGUUACGUGCAUUCGCGUUAACGACAUCGCAAAAAAUUGGUCCUUACAACGUGCUGUCUACUAUCAAGCCUGUGGCUUCUUCCGAUAACAAGGUGAAUGUGAGUGUUUCUAGAGAGAAGAUUUUAACAAUAUUUCAAAACUAUCCGAUUGUAAAGAAGGCAUAUGAUGACAAUGUGCCGAAGAACUUCAAAGAACAAGAAUUUUGGGCGAGAUUCUUUUCCUCGAAGCUAUUCCGUAAGCUUAGAGGUGAGCGUAUUAUGCAGAACGAUAGAGGUGAUAUGAUUAUUGAUCGUUACUUGACUCUUGACCAAGAGUUUGACAGGCGAGAUGACGAGAACCUGCUGCAUCCUGUGAAAAAGCUAAUUGAUUUGGAAGGUAACUUAAAUGACGACCCAGAGCGCCGAGGGAACCGUGCUCAUUUUACUAUGCUUCCCGGAACUGACCCAAAUGGUAACAGUGAUGGUGCAGUUGAUAUUUUGAAGGGUAUGAAUCGAUUGAGUGAGAAGAUGAUUAAGUCACUGGAAACUGAGUACUCUAGGGUGAACUUACAACUACAGGAUCUCGAUAAAGAAGAGCGUGAAGAAAUUUUGUUCAACGAUCUUGUCGAGGAGGAAACUACCGAAUAUACGGAGAUAUACCUAAAACAAAGGACCCCAGUACUUGAUGGCGAUGGGACUCCUUCAGACAUGCUGCCUGCUAGCAGCAUAGAGGAGAUUAGAACUGAGGUUAACACUUUGACCUCAGAACUACAAGGAACAUUGGACCUUACUUCCGUUGCUAAUGCAAAUACCGAAAUAAACCAACAGGUAAACCGCCGCGUUUUAAAGGCUGUCAAACUGAACGCAAAACAAGCAAAACAUCUACAUUUUGAUUCAAGCAUGGGUAUAGUGCUUGGAACUCCUGCUGAUGGUGCCGAAGAGGCGGAAUCAGCUCUUCCUGCAGAAACACUGGAGACUUGCAGAGUACUCCAUCGCACCUGUUGCGAGUUUUUGAAGCACUUCUAUAUCCAUUUCCAGAGUGGAGAGCCGAAGCAUGGAACCACUGUCAAGAAACUUUACAAUCAUCUCCAAGAAUGUACUGAGAAGGUUCAAAGUCUUCUAGCUUCUGUAGGAGCUCAAUCUGAAUCGCAUGCCACGUUAGUAACAUCAUGUGAAGCAUACUUGAAACCUGUGCUGGCCUCGGUAACUCUAGCGGUGGACAAAUACAACAAUGCCAUGAAUGAAAUGGCAUCAGUCAAAAAGACCAUGAAUGCAUAA